AAAAAAUUACCUGAUUGCUUGGAGACGCUGGUUACGGAGCUAUGCGGUAGCGGCAUAAUCCCGAGACGCGACAUUGGGGAGCUGGCAGCGAGGCUUCUGCUCUUAUGCCCAAGGAUUGCAGCUAGCGAUGCUACCUUUCAGGACCCGAUCCCGCUACCAAACAUCACACUGGUUACGUACUUGGAAGCGCUUCUAGGACCUGUGCUCGACAGCGACUUCAAAGAGACAUUUGACAAUACUUGGGUCAAUUUCCAUCACUGGGUUGUCUUGUCGGGAGCUGGAGCUCUCCCAAACAACUUAGAUCGGACAACGUUAGCCAACUUGUGGGCCAGAGGGGCCGCGAUCCAAUGGUGGUAUAAUCAAGCAUCCGUACAUCUCCUUUUCAUCACGUAUCGGGGAUCGAAUGAGCCCAACGCGUUGUUUGAUCCGCGCAACCUUUCCGCCGUCCACAGCAGGUGACGCUCAGCAAUAGGCCGUACUCGAAUGCCUUGAGGUGCCUCCAACCUGUUGGUCUCGCUAGGCGUCUUGCGAAAUCAGGUAUGCCUUACUUGGUUAUCCUCAUGGAACUGGGCAGGAACGUUCCAUUCGACAAGGAGCGGUAUGUUGACAUCCAAAAGCCUCUCUCGAUC